GUACCGCCCCUUAGGGGCGGAACUAUGGUGGGAGUGGGACGGAGCUCUGCGGCCCUGCCUUAAGUCAUUCUUGCCUUUAGCUUCACCCUGCUCCUGAUUGUAGAACAAGCAUGGAGCCGGUGACUGUGGCCCCCGACGGCGGGGACAGGCCCGCAGCCCCCUCCGGCAUGUCAGCUUCUCAACGUCGAGCAGAGCUGCGGAGGAGAAAGCUGCUCAUGAACUCCGAGCAGCGCAUCAACCGGAUCAUGGGCUUUCACAGGCCUGGCAGCGGCGCGGAAGAAGAAAAUCAAACAAAAUCAAAGCCACAGGACAGUGACAAACUGAAUUCCUUCAGCGUUCCUUCGGUUUCAAAGAGGGUAGUGCUCGGCGAUACAGUCAGUGGAGGAGCAACCGAUCAGCCCAGCAGUGUGGCUGAAGUAAAGGGGACCCAGCUUGGGGACAAACUGGACUCAUUCAUUAAAUCUCCAGAGUGCAGUGGUAACGAGGGCGUUGAGCUCCGGCAGCGCGCCAGGGGUGACCUGACAGUGGACACGGCCCCGAGGGUUUCCCGCCACAGCCUGGAACAGUACCUCUCCAGGUUUGAAGAAGCCAUGAAGCUGCGCAAACAGCUCAUCAGCGAGAAGCCGAGCCAGGAGGACGGAAGUGCAGCAGAAGAAUUUGACUCUUUCCGAAUAUUUCGAUUGCUGGGGUGUGCUCUUCUUGCUCUUGGCGUCAGAGCAUUUGUUUGCAAGUAUUUGUCUAUAUUCGCUCCAUUUCUUACUUUGCAACUUGCGUACAUGGGACUAUACAAAUACUUUCCCAAGGGCGAAAAGAAGGUAAAGACCACAGUUCUGACGGCUGCGCUGUUGCUCUCUGGAAUUCCUGCCGAGGUGAUAAACCGCUCCAUGGAUACCUAUAGCAAAAUGGGCGAGGUCUUCACAGAUCUCUGUGUCUACUUUUUCACUUUCAUUUUUUGUCAUGAACUGCUCAAUUACUGGGGUCCUGAAGUACCCUGAAACCUGAACAACUCAAGUUUACAAAGUGAAAACAAUUUCUCUUCUACAUUGCAGUGUCUCUAAAAGGGGCAAGAAAUUCUCUUACUUUACAGGAAACCAAGUUAUUACUUUCCCUAGUUUAAAAGGAUUGGGUUUGUACCAGUGCUGGUGUGA